ACCCCAGAAAAUCUUAUGGAGCACAUGAACUAAGAUCUAAUCUGCAACUAGUUGAUCCGGUUCCAAUCCCAUCUUGACGAGAAAGGAAAUUGCCGGUUAGCAGUAGUUCAAUGUUAUAGUUUUUAGCUAUUAAUCGACUGGACAUGGAGAGUGGUUGCGGCUGGUGUCAAUCAUCAGUACUGCCUGUCACUGGGGCCGCCAAUUUCUCUUAAAAACUGAGCUAUCUUUUAUUGACCAUUUAUCAUUACAUGCACAUACAACCUAGGCAUUUUCGGUCAACCAAGUCUCUGCUUUGGGAUUUUUGCUUCAGCUUAUUUGGUUCACUUCAUGAUCUAACCUCUAAGCUCUGUUCUUUUAUGGAAGGAAUCUUUUUUAGUUCUUCUUUCUUUUGUCUGUUGAAAUGAGGGACUCGAGCAAGGGUAGAACGAAACGGCAAGAGGACACAUCUACUGGACCCGUUUUCACUAUCAUAUGUUAAUUUAUUAAUUGAAAUUCAUGAUUGGAAUCCCGGAGAUGUUGUUCAUAAAGUAGUAUCACCCGUUAAGAGUCGACAGAGAUCCAGCAGACCAAACAUAAUGGGGGAAGUGGGAGCUCAGUCCCCGGAGCCAAAACAGUAGAUUCAGAACCCCACUUAGUUACAUGUGGAGUGCCAACCGCCAAGUGUGUUGCACAUGGUUCUGUUACACUCGGAAAGGCUCGUUCUUUGAGAUGACACUCUCCUCGAGUACUUCUCUCAGUCCCGGCCUCCUACUCCCAAGUCUCAAGUACAACCACAAUGCAUAAUCUUUUGCUCAUUUGCUUGCCGCUUUGGGAUUCUUCAUGCCUUUUACAGAAACAAGAAGUAAAAGCAAAGCAUUUAUCUCAUACAGAACCAUGUCUAGGUGAACCGUACUUUCGCUCAUUAAUAACCUUCCUUUUCUGGGGGUUCGUUUAGACAGUCGAGGAUUCUCGUCCAUUUGCUUCUGUAUGUAUCUGUGACCUCUUAACUGUUACUCUCGUGAAGCCGGAGCAUAUCUUUGUAUUUCAAGGUGAGUUAAAAGUUUAGUUUGUUAGCUUUCUUCUGGUGAAUAUUGGGUGCAGAUCAGCUGUUUGGGUAUGCAAAAUGGGAGAUUCCUGUAAGGAUUGUAGGAGCUGGGAAGAGGAAAUCUUUUGGACCCAUUUUCAGUCUAUUCAUUUCUCUCAAUUUCUCCAUGGUGAUUUCCUUCAGCGGCUUGAAGUACCAGAAAAGUUUGCUAAGAAUAUGAAGCAAAAGCUUCCAGAAACUGUGACUCUUAAGGGUCCUAGUGGUAUCAUAUGGGAUGUGGGACUGAAAGCCGAUGGUGAUACCUUGUUCUUCGAUUGUGGAUGGAAAAUUUUUGUGAAAGACCAUUCUUUGGUGGAGAAUGACUUGAUGAUCUUCAAAUACAAUGGAAUGUCCCAAUUUGAUGUUCUGAUGUUUGAUGGCCGGAGCUUGUGUGAGAAGGCAGCAUCUUAUUUUGUGAGGAAGUGUGGGCAUACAGAAUAUGACAGCGGAUGCCAAACAAAAAGAAAGAUGAAUGAAACUCCUGUUGAAAUUGUGCACAAUUCUUCACACUGUGGUCUUGAAAGCAGUCCAGAAAAAUCUAUUAACAAUAACAUUGACACGAGGCCAUCAAGACAACCUAUCACCUCUGCAGCUACAAAUAAGAAACUGCGAAUUGUGGGUUCUUCUACUAGGUCCAUCCCUGCUAGGAAGAGCCUCAGAGGCAAAGAUCUUACUACUUUUGCUGCAGAAGUGAAGGUUGAAACUGGUGAUUUAGAGUUUGACCAUACAUCAAUGGAUGGAGAUGUCUUUAGCCCCCGGCACACGGCUCGUAAAAGGCGUGCGACUCAAGUUGAGAAAGCAAAUGUCUUUCUAAUGGCGCAGGAAGCAUUACCCAGAGAGGGUUUUAUGGUAGUUAUGAAGCCCACACAUGUAGCAAGACGAUUUUAUAUGGCAAUCCCUACUGCAUGGGUGGCUAAACAUCUCUCAAAACAAAACGAAGAUGUGAUUCUACGUAUUAACAAGCAGACAUGGAAGACCAGAUUUUAUUAUCACAGGAAUCGUGGUUGUGGAGGGCUUUCUGGUGGUUGGAGGAAUUUUGUUAACGACAACAACUUGGACGAAGAUGAUGCGUGUGUAUUUGAGCCUGCCGACAUAGGAAACAAACCAAUGAUCCUGGAUGUUAGCAUCUUUCGCGUUCUGCAAGCACCAGUUCCUCUAAUCCAAGUGCACCCUGCGUCAUACUAAAGGUUGUCCCAAAACGUGCAAUUCAGUCCUGGCAUCAUCUAUAGGUAUAUCAGCUCUAGAUGUCUGAUACACUGUUAAGUUGUAGUAUUAUGAGGCUAUCAAUCUGCAUUUGCUAUUGCCAACGGGAAACUCGAUCAAGUUGUAAUUAUAUAUGUACAAAUGGUUAAUGUCCUGUAGCACUCUUUAUCUCUUUCCAUAUCCGUAAGAUUUGCUGCUGGACUGAUUUGGUUUAUUGCGGUGUAGCAAACCUCUUGAAUCUCUAGCGGAGCCAUUGCCCUGUUUUACCUUUCAUUGUUGGUUCUGUACCUGUUACGUGUAAAAUCUUAUGCAAAUUUUACAAAUACGUAAGUGAAAGAAACUUAUAAUCUCUCAUGAAAGAACAAGAAAAGGCCCAAUGCCAAUCUUGGGCCCAUCUCCUCAUCUCAUCUUUUGCCAGCCAAUCAUAAUUCAGCCAACCUAAUCUAAAACCACAGCUUUCCCCUCGAAACGGUAUUGUCUGUUGUUCCAUCUCCUUCUAUCUGCAAAAUCCUGCACGAUCAAACUCACAGGUUGACAUGGCAACAACUUCAGCUGUCCUUGCUCAGGUAACAACCAGUGGCGCAGUGGUUCGCUGCGGCAGCAACAAAACCAAACAGACAACACCCAAAGUGGUGUACAUUGGAGGAAUGAGUUCCUAUGGAGGUCUGAAAGCACACAGCAACAACAACGUGGUUUCCCUCGGCCUGCCACGGUGCACUGAGCAGUGCUUUGCUAAUGUUAUCAGCUCCUUGAAGAAGGCGCAUGGCGAAGGAAGAACAGGUGGGGGAGCGUUGUCCUCUACAUGCAACAAAGCGGAUGAGAUUUUCAACAUCGCAGUUAUCAUGAACGGGCUUGUUCUGAUCGGGGUUGCAGUUGGCUUUGUUCUUUUGCGUAUUGAAGCAUCCCUAGAGGAAUCUGAUCAGUGAAACAACUUCUGUUCCAAGGACUUUGUCUUUGCCUGCAAUGUUGAUGUGAGUUCUUCUUGGUUGUAUGAUCAGAGAACAUGGUGGGUAUCAUCUGAAACUUCUAAUAACUUGCAAUAACGUUAAUCAAAUGCUUAAAUAGAAGCAUUUUCUCCACAA